UAUGAUGUUAAUUAUUUAGGUGGAACAAUUAACGAAAGAAAUAUCGGAAAUUAAGUUAAAAGAACAAAUAAAUAAUGAAAUAACAGAAGACCUAAGGGGGUUACUGAAAGAGGAAAUUGAACGAAGGCAAAACAUGGAUUGUUGGGAGGGGGUGGCUGGGAUAAAAGAUGAUGAAAUUAAGGAGCUUAAAGAGGAUUGUUUGAAAUUAACGAAAGAAAUGAAAAAGUUGAAACACGAGUUUGGAGUAAAGUUGGAGGAAGUCGACCACUUAAAACACGAGCGUGAAGAAGUUUCGAUCGAGAAUCAGGAACUAAUUGUUAAGGUAGGAUUUCUUGAACGUAAAGCGUGUGAGAAGGAGAGAGAACUUGAAGAAGAAGGCAAAAGGAGAGAGGAAGAAAUUUCGAAUUUGAAAUCUGAAAAUUUGGAUUUGGAGAAAAAGUUGGCGAAAGUAAAGAUUGAAGUUGAAGGGAAAGUUCAAGAGGACAAAGUGGAUGAACAGGACAAGUUGACGGUUCAGUUUCAACAAAAUCUUGAAAUGAAAGUCCAAGAAAUUGAUGAAAGAAAUAAAAAGAUCAAGAAACUGGAAGAAUGGAUUUCCGGCCAACAAACGAAAAUUAAUGUUCGUGAAAAAGAAGUUUCAAAUUUAAGAAUUUCAUGGAAGAUGUUGGAAGAAGAGAAAGAAAAGAAGUUGAAGAAAUACAAGGCAUUGGUGAAAUCAACUAAACAAGAAAAUCAAAGAAAUAUUGAAGAACACAAAGUAAAGAUUAAUGGAAUGAAAGAACAAUUGCAAAGGGUAAACGCUGAACUUACUAAGUUGGAAAAUGAACUUAAAUUAAAUUCAUUUAAAAUAAAGGAAUGCAAACAAGAGAUCAAAGUUAAAGAUACAAAGUUGAUGGAGCUGCGGGAUCGAGACGCAGAACAUCGAGAAGAAGUUGUUUGGAUGAGGAAAGAGAUGAAAGAAGUUGCGUUGGGUAAGAGGGAAGCUGAGGUUAAACUUGUUGAGUUGGGGUCAAAGUUGGAAGUCACGAUGAAAGCUGGGGAGGAUUUAAAGUUGAAGCAACAUCAACAAAUUGUGAGGCUAACGGAAGAAAAGGAAAAAAGUUUUUCUCAAAUCAAGUUAAUGAAACAGGAGUUGGGGGAAAACGUAAAGAAAUUGAAUUCAUCAGAAACAAAGGUUGAAUACCAGUCAAAAGAAUUGGAAAAAAUGAAGAAAAAUAUUGAAACUGUGAAAGAACAAUUUGUAGAGGGGAGAAAAGAAUUGAAAAGACAGGAAACCAAACACCAGGACGAAGUUAACCAAUUGAAACUCAAACUUAGUUUGAUGUCAAAAGUUGAAAAUGAUUUUAAAUUGAAAGUUGAACAAGACAAAAAGAUUGCUUUAAAUUUUAAGAUGAAAGAAAAAGAAAUAACCAGGUUACAACAGGAAUGCGUUGAACAACGAACACAAGUUGAAACUUUGGAAUUGAAACUGAAACAACAGCAGGACACUGAUCUAGAAUCCCUGGCAAAGUUAGAAGAAGAAAACGAGCGAAGUAAAAAUGAAAUAAAGAACCUCAGGUUGAUUGUGACAUCACUGAACAAUGAAAGUUUGGAAACGAAAAGAGAAAAUGAACGACUGAAGGGAAACGUUGAAGAAGUAUCAACAAAGUUAUCGAGUGCGACGAAAGUAAAUGCAACUUUGGUGGAAAAAAUAUCCAGACUUGAAGACCGGGUUGUGACGCUGAGAAAGUCUUUGGCGUCAUUGAAGAAAGCAGAUGCUGAAAGUGCAGAGAAAAAGGUGGAACUCGAUGAAAUGGAAGCGAAAAUAAAAAAAAUGGAAGAAGAUUAUAUUGGGAGCCAGGGAAAGUUGAAGAUGGAGAUCAUUCAUUUAAUGGAGCAAGUUAGAGUUAAAGAAACAAACAUUCAAAGGCUGCAACAGGAAAUUGGGAAAUUGACACAAAAACGCGAAAAAGGUAAAAAAACAAAGAUUACUGUGACGUCAUCAGAGAAUUACGAAGAAGAAAUUGUGACAUCAGAUGAUGAUUGUGAUGUCAUAGUACCUCAAACAAGGUUUGAGGUUGGAAUUCAAACCCAGGAUGUUGGGCAGCAUGAUCAGGUUGGUUCGGGAGAGAUAAAGAGAUUGGAAGAAUUGCUUGGAAAGGAAAGAGAAUUAACGAAACAUUUGAGGAUCAGAAUUACAAAUUUGGAGAAUCAACCUUGUGUUGGGGAGGUUGGUAAACCAGGGAGUGAGGAAUGGAGAAGUAAGAGCUUGAAAUAUGAAGUGGAGGCGAAAAAGAUGGAACGAACUAUUUCAUCAUUGAACGCUUUACUUGAAGUCAAAGAAACCGAAACAAUUCAACUCAAAGAAAACCAAAAGAAAUUACAAAAACAAAUCCAAGAAUUACAAACAGGUUCCACUCCUCACCCUGACACAUGUGAAGCGGAACAACCAGACCUUGCUGCAGUUAAAGACCAGCUUGAAAGAUUGGAAGCCAAACUUGAUUCAAGAAGUGAAGUCGACACGACAGAAGUGCAUCGUAUAAAUUUUGCCAACAUUAAAGUUGAGUUUGAGAACAUUACUUUGAGGAGAGAAGUUUCAGUUCUGAGGAAAGUUCAAGAAGUUGUGGAAGUUGGAACGACUACAUGCCACCGAUGCAGUUUAAUGGAGGAAGACAACGAGAAGCUUCAUCGAGAUAUUGAACGAUUGAAACUGGAACUUGGACAUUUUGAGAAAUAUUUUUUUGAUGAAGUUGAAGACUUGAAGUUUAAUUAUAAACAAGCCGUGAAGACAAGUUUGUUGUACGAGGGGCAACUGAAGUCAAUCUCACAUAAAUAUCAUAUUAAAGUUGAUGUGCUGACGCACAAUGAUGUUGAAAGACUUUAAUCAAAGUAUUUUAUAAUUAUUCCAUGUAAAUAUUUAAUAUUUAUGCACAUUGUGAUUGCAUCUAUACACAAUUAGCUUUUUUAUAUUGAAUCCACUGUGAUUACGUAAAGGCUUGCCCUAUUUAAUCUAUGGAACAAAUAUUUUACCUGUCUACUCAAUUAUGCAUAUUUUACCUUUUGUGUUAGGUUCGGAAAUCAAGUCUUUAUACCUUUUGAUUAACAUUUUUGUACAUUUUUAUAUGUGUCCUUCAGUUAAGAUGUAGUUGUUCUUAGUGGUGUGGGUAGGAACUGAACCCAGCCUUUCACGCAUCAAUAAAAUCACGAACAUGAAAAC